UAUGUAUGACUUGUCUUGUUCCGACGUUGCCCUUUUCGGGAGAAUGUCGAGAGAGCGAAAACCGGGAGGGAGAUCAGUAUUUAUCACCGUAGGCACAACAGAGUUUGAAAAACUGACCAACGCUGUUUGUAGUUCAACCGUUCUUUCUACUCUCCUGAACUUGGGUUACAGAAAAGUCACAGUUCAAAUAGGCCGCGGUAAGGAGCCUACCAUAGACAGAGUACCAGGUAUAGAAGUCGAGAUUUUUAAGCUAAAGCCCAAUAUCACUGAAGACAUCAAUCAGGCAGACUUAGUCAUCAGUCAUGCUGGAGCUGGAAGUUGCUUAGAAACUCUGGCAGCAAAUAAACCCCUUCUUGUAGUGAUCAAUGAUGAUUUGAUGAAUAACCAUCAACUAGAGCUUGCUUAUCAACUCAACAAAGACAAACAUUUGUAUUACUGCACAACAAGAAUGUACAUUUGAUCUGGUUUUUUUAGCACCUUAGUGGAGACACUUUCCUCUGCAGAUUUUUCUGUAUUAAAACCCUUUCCACCUGGCCAACCCAAGAAGUUUGGGGAAUUCCUUGACAAUUUAUUUGGCUUAAGUGAACAGAAAGAAUCCUGAG